UUUUGUAUUUUUCGCAUUUGAUUUCAUUCGUGAAAUGUGCGUCGUUCGGUGAUGACGGGCGACGGUUUGUGUUUGCCAUGAGCAACAUUUACAAAUAUUGUCGCCAACUGCAGGCUGAAAUUGCGGUCGCGUCGUAGCCCCCCGGAAAUGUCUCAUGAAUAUCAAUAAUAAAUAUAACACUAUAUAUAUCCAAGAAGAAAAAAAGCAACUGACAAACCAAGGAAGAACAACCAACAAGAGGAAGAAGCGAUCCAAGAGAAAUCAGUUCCUAUGCAGCUAUAUUCGAGUUUAAAUGAAAUUGAGCAAGAGCCUGGCAAAUUGUCGCACCAUCCGGCGAUAUUUGCUCAUCUUUACGGCCGUCUCGCUGCUGCUGCUGCCCCUCUCCCUCGUCUACCUGGUGUGGAACGAGCAGCUGCAGAAAAUACGUGGAUUCGAGGCCUUUAAUGUGCAACAGCAGCAGCAGCAGCCGCCACAUCUGCAGCAGCAGCAGCAACAGAAGGAGCAGCAACAGCGGCAGCAGCAACAGCAGCAGCAACAAUCGCAGGGGCAGACAUUUCGGUAUCCGGUGCUGCUGUUGAACAAGAACAAGAACAAGGAGCUGACCGUGGUGGCAACGGGCAAGACAAAGAACAAGUGGCGCUAUGUUGAUAAAGACAUCAAUCAGACACGCCUGCCGCUCAUACCCGAAUAUGCCGUGCAGACGCUCACGUCGCAGGAAAUGCUGCAGGUGGAGCAGCGCAUGGAUCAGCGGAGGGAGCGACUGAAGGACAAGUGCUCGGCCUAUGGCCUGGAUGUUUUAGGUCACGACUCGUGGCACACACCCAACACAUGGGAGUUUUUGGUCAAAAAGUAUCACAUUAUAUGGUGCAAUGUGUUUAAGGCUGCCUCCUCGUCGUGGAUGUUCAACUUUAAUGUUCUCGCCGGCUACUCACCCAGUUAUUUGCGCAAAACCAAAAAGAUUCUACUCAAUCUGGCCAGAGAACGCUAUCCGCGUGUGUCCCUCGACGAGUUGCGCGAGGCGCAGAAUGACUCGCUGACCUUUAUCAUUGCACGCAAUCCCUUUGAGAGGCUAUUGAGCGCCUAUCGCGAUAAGAUGGUGUUCGCCCUGCCCUACUCCUUCCAUGACAAGCUCGGCCGCAGCAUUGUGCGCAAUUAUCGCAAAAAGCCCUCGCUGGUGGCUCGAGCACCCAACACCAAGUAUCCUUCGUUUCCGGAGUUUGUCAAUUGGCUGCUGGACCAGGUGAAGCGGGGCAGCUUCAUUGACAUGCACUUCGUGGCGGCCACGUCCUUCUGCACACCCUGUCUGAUACGAUUCGACAUGAUACUGAAGUUCGAGUCGCUCACAGAGGAUCAAUUAUAUCUAAUCGAAAAGACUGGCCUGAAGCGGGUGAUAGCGCCCGUGUGGCGCAACAUGGGCAAAGGUGGCCGCAAGACGCACGAGAUUCAGCAUCAGUUCUACGCCCAGCUCACAAGGCACGAAAUGCUGGAGCUCUACGAAUAUUACAAAUAUGAUUUCGAGCUGUUUGACUACGAUAUCCAGGAGUAUCUACAGGUAGCCAGGCCAGACGAGUCCUCCGGCAGUCCGACGGCCACAAACAAUUAACCCUCUAAAGCUCUGAAUUCGUAGAAUUUGCUAACGAAAUGAAUUAGUUCAACGAAAAUACAUAUUAGCCGUCACAGUACGUAAUUGCAAAUGUUGAUAAUACUGAAUGAAUACAAUAAUAAACUUAAAUAUAUUUAAACGAA